AUGUUGAACUCUUCAGAUUUCCCGCUGAACGAUUCGGUGGGUAACUUAUCCUCGGACGAGGUGGAGGAAGGUAAGCAUCCUUUUCUGACGGAUGCUUGGCUGGUACCGCUCUUCUUCUCUCUCAUCAUGCUGGUGGGGCUUAUUGGGAAUUCACUGGUCAUCUAUGUGAUCUCCAAACACAGGCAGAUGAGGACCGCCACCAACUUCUACAUCGCUAAUCUAGCAGCCACGGAUAUCAUCUUCUUAGUAUGUUGUGUGCCGUUCACCGCUACCCUCUAUCCUCUACCCGGCUGGAUCUUCGGAGACUUCAUGUGCAAAUUUGUUGCUUUCCUUCAGCAGGUGACUGUCCAGGCCACAUGUAUCACGUUGACGGCCAUGAGUGGGGAUCGAUGCUACGUGACCGUGUACCCGCUGAAAUCUCUACGUCAUCGGACCCCACGGGUAGCCAUGAUUGUGAGCGUCUGCAUCUGGAUUAGCUCCUUCAUUUUGUCAACCCCAAUCUUAAUGUAUCAAAGACUGGAAGACGGAUACUGGUAUGGCCCAAGGCAGUACUGCAUGGAGCGGUUUCCAUCAAAGACACAUGAAAGAGCUUUCAUACUCUACCAGUUCAUAGCGGUCUACCUACUGCCGGUUCUGACCAUCUCUUUCUGCUACUCUUUCAUGUUGAAGAGGGUUGGCCAGCCAACCGUGGAGCCUGUCGACAACAAUCAUCAGGUGCAUCUUCUCUCCGAGAGAACCAUUUCCAUCAGAAGCAAGGUCUCCAAAAUGGUAGUGGUCAUCGUUGCUCUCUUUGCCGUCUGCUGGGGCCCCAUUCAGAUAUUCAUCCUCUUCCAGUCCUUCUACCCCAACUUUAAGGUCAACUACGCAACGUACAAGAUCAAGACGUGGGCCAACUGCAUGUCCUACGCCAACUCGUCCAUCAAUCCCAUCGUGUACGGCUUCAUGGGGGCGAGCUUCCGCAAAUCUUUCAGGAAGACCUUCCCCUUCUUUUUCAGACACACGGUGAGGGACAGCAGCGUGGCUUCUCGCACAGCGAACGCAGAAAUCAAGUUCGUCGCCACUGAAGAGAGUAACCCGGAGAGGAAAUGAACAGCAGGUGGUUCCACGGGGGAAGAAAAUUACCACUUUCAUGUGUGGAGCCGAACGCUUCACUGCUGAGCUGGCACAUGCUGUACUGAACUGAGAUGAAGAAUUUGGACAGGACUGCCAGUGAGCCUGAAUUGAAAUUCACCACUACAUUAAAGUCGGAUUGAAAUGUUCACCAUACGAUCAUUUCUUUAAUUUAGUC